CACCCUCACACCACGACUCGUUAUUUCCUCCAACUCCCGCCACUGUAAGCCCCGGCCGCCAAACUCCGCGCCAAACUGACGUCACGUUCCCUGAUUGGUUCCCGCCGCGGCGUCCGGGCGCUUUGGAGUCACUUCCCCUUUCAUAUCCCCGCCUCCUUUUCUCCCAGCCGCGGGAACCUGGAGUCCAAGAGCUCCCUGAGCGCCUGCGCGGGGGGCCGCAGAGGGGUCGGAGAACUGCUGGGUGACCAAAGCGCAUGCGUUACACGGCUUGACAGCGCGCGGAGGAAAAAUCCGCGAGAAGGCGGCGGGAGAAGAUGGCGGUUGUGGAGGGAGUUUGCAAUCUUUGUGAUUAGACUAAUCCAGUAAUUACUCGAGUCAUGGCGUCAAACUCAACAAAGUCUUUCCUGGCAGAUGCUGGGUAUGGCGAACAGGAACUGGAUGCUAACUCUGCCCUUAUGGAAUUGGACAAAGGUCUAAGAUCUGGCAAACUUGGGGAACAAUGUGAAGCAGUUGUUCGCUUUCCCAGACUUUUUCAGAAGUAUCCAUUCCCCAUUCUCAUCAAUUCUGCAUUUUUAAAGUUAGCUGAUGUUUUCAGAGUUGGAAACAAUUUCCUGAGGCUAUGUGUUCUUAAAGUUACCCAACAAAGUGAGAAGCAUUUGGAGAAGAUUCUAAAUGUGGAUGAAUUUGUGAAGAGGAUUUUCUCUGUGAUUCAUAGUAAUGAUCCUGUGGCAAGAGCCAUCACGCUCCGGAUGUUGGGAAGUCUGGCAUCUAUAAUUCCUGAGAGGAAGAAUGCUCACCACAGUAUUCGUCAGAGUUUGGAUUCACAUGAUAAUGUAGAAGUUGAAGCUGCUGUUUUUGCUGCUGCAAACUUCUCUGCACAGUCAAAGGAUUUUGCUGUAGGAAUCUGUAACAAAAUCAGUGAAAUGAUUCAAGGUUUAGCUACACCAGUAGACCUGAAGCUGAAAUUGAUCCCCAUUCUACAGCACAUGCAUCAUGAUGCGAUCCUGGCUUCCAGUGCUCGUCAGCUUUUACAACAGCUGGUCACAUCCUAUCCUUCCACCAAAAUGGUGAUUGUUUCUUUGCACACUUUCACUCUCCUUGCAGCUUCAUCUUUGGUUGAUACACCCAAGCAGAUUCAGCUUCUGUUGCAGUAUUUGAAGAAUGACCCUAGGAAAGCAGUAAAAAGACUUGCUAUUCAAGAUCUGAAAUUACUUGCCAAUAAAACACCACAUACUUGGAGUAGGGAGAACAUUCAAGCACUCUGUGAAUGUGCCCUCCAGAUUCCUUAUGACAGUUUAAAACUAGGAAUGUUGUCUGUCCUUUCCACACUGUCCGGGACCAUUGCCAUCAAACAUUACUUCAGCAUAGCUCCAGGAAACAUGAGUUCUUCCCCCAGAUCCUCUGAUUUAGUCAAAUUAGCCCAAGAAUGCUGUUACCAUAAUAACAGGGGCAUUGCAGCUCAUGGAGUAAGAGUCCUAACAAAUAUCACUGUCUCUUGUCAAGAAAAAGAUCUUUUGGUGCUGGAACAAGAUGCUGUCUUUGGCCUAGAAUCACUUCUGGUACUUUGUAGUCAAGAUGAUAGUCCAGGUGCUCAAGCUACAUUAAAGAUGGCUCUAAAUUGCAUGGUCAAGUUGGCCAAGGGCAGGCCUCAUCUUAGCCAGUCAGUGGUUGAAACCUUAUUGACUCAGUUGCACAGUGCUCAGGAUGCUGCCCGGAUCCUGAUGUGCCACUGCCUGGCGGCCAUUGCCAUGCAGCUGCCAGUGCUGGGUGAUGGAAUGCUUGGUGACCUCAUGGAGCUCUACAAGGUGAUUGGACGAUCAGCCACAGACAAGCAACAAGAACUUCUGGUGAGUUUGGCGACUGUGAUUUUUGUAGCAAGUCAAAAGGCAUUGUCUACUGAAGUAAAGGCAGUAAUUAAGCAGCAGCUUGAAAGUGUCUCCAAUGGGUGGACUGUGUACCGUAUUGCCAGGCAGGCUUCCAGAAUGGGUAAUCAUGACAUGGCCAGAGAGCUUUAUCAGAGUUUGCUGACUCAGGUUGCCUCAGAGCACUUCUACUUCUGGCUAAAUAGUUUGAAGGAAUUCUCACAUGCAGAACAGUGUCUCACCGGCUUGCAAGAGGAGAAUUACAGUUCAGCACUUUCUUGCAUUGCUGAGUCUUUAAAAUUCUAUCACAAAGGGAUUGCUUCCUUAACAGCUGCUAGUACACCUUUGAAUCCUUUAAGUUUUCAGUGUGAAUUUGUAAAACUCAGGAUUGACCUUCUACAAGCCUUCUCUCAGCUUAUCUGUACUUGUAACAGCCUAAAAACAAGCCCUCCACCUGCAAUUGCCACAACAAUUGCCAUGACCUUAGGAAAUGACCUUCAGAGGUGUGGUCGCAUCUCCAAUCAGAUGAAACAGUCCAUGGAGGAAUUUCGAAGCCUUGCUACCCGAUAUGGGGAUCUUUAUCAGGCAUCUUUUGAUGCUGACUCAGCAACUUUGAGAAAUGUAGAGCUACAGCAACAGAGCUGCUUACUGAUAUCUCAUGCAGUAGAAGCCCUGAUUUUGGAUCCAGAAUCAGCAAGUUUCCAGGAAUAUGGAUCUACUGCAGCACCCCAUGCUGAUAGUGAAUAUGAGAGAAGAAUGAUGUCUGUAUAUAAUCAUGUCUUGGAGGAGGUAGAAUCACUCAAUCGGAAAUACACUCCUGUUUCUUAUAUGCAUACAGCAUGCCUCUGUAAUGCUAUCAUCGCUUUGCUGAAAGUUCCCCUUUCAUUUCAGAGAUAUUUUUUCCAGAAACUUCAGUCUACCAGCAUAAAGCUUGCUCUGUCACCGUCCCCCCGGAACCCUGCAGAGCCCAUCGCCAUCCAGAAUAAUCAGCAUCUGGCACUCAAAGUAGAGGGAGUGGUUCAGCACGGAUCUAAACCAGGACUUUUUCGCAAAAUUCAGUCUGUCUGUCUGAAUGUUUCUUCCACACUACAGAGUAAAUCUGGACAAGACUACAAGAUCCCCAUUGACAAUAUGACCAAUGAGAUGGAACAGAGGGUAGAGCCUCACAAUGAUUACUUCAGCACUCAGUUUCUGUUGAACUUUGCUAUUCUUGGAACACACAACAUUACAGUGGAGUCUUCAGUUAAAGAUGCCAAUGGUAUCGUGUGGAAGACUGGUCCCAGAACUACCAUAUUUGUAAAAUCCCUGGAGGAUCCUUAUUCUCAGCAGAUUCGCUUACAACAGCAGCAAGCCCAGCAACCAUUACAACAGCAGCAACAAAGAAAUGCCUACACACGGUUUUAACCAUGCAAUAAAUGCACUACAGACUUUGAAGGAAUCGACCAAACUGGCAGAAAUAGUUUCCUUUUUCAUAUGAAUUAAAUGUUGAAGUUAGAAAGUGGAGU